CAUACGCAGUCCGUACGUAUUGCUCUUAUUUUCAUGCUACUCUCUCUCAGUCCCAGCGAGAGUUCUUGUUAAAGCUAUGAGCUGUCGUUGUCGUUGUUUGAUGGAGGCGCAACGUUGAUUCUUUCUUUAAUCUUACUGAAAAUAAAGAUCCCUUUUAGAUCUGAGCCAUAAUUAUGCGGAAUAAAUACGUUUUUGUUGUGUUCCUUUUUGUAAUUGGCACAAGGUGUUUGAUAAAAAGUGGCAACCAUUUCCAUUUGCAAAUCCAAUUCUGUGUUUAGCUUCAAAAUUGCUUGCUCUUCCUAUUAUAUUGUGCUUCCAUUCCUGUAAAUUUGUUUUUCCUCAUUUUUCGUUCUAUUUUUGGUGACUUCUUCAUUUUGCUGAAAGAAUUGUGCUUUUUGCUUGUUUGUUUCUUCACUUUCAAGCAAUUAAUGUGAUAAUUUUUCAGUGAAUUAUGCAUACAUUCGUGCCUCAUUUUCAAUUUUGCUGAAAAGUAGUGUUAUUUUUGGUUAUAGACAUAGUAGCCUAGUAGAUUUGUGUUGUUCAAGUAUGGAGAAGGAGAAAGAGAGAGAGAAAGCAAAUCCUAGCUCACCAGACACGAUUCUUGAGGAUUUCUUGAGAAGUGCAGAAUCUCAAACUGAUUCCUCAAAAGCAAGCACCUCUGAAUCCCUAGUGGAGAUUGAUCCUAAGCCAGCCUCACGGCUGGCCUUAUUUUUCAAGCUGUUAAGAUUCAAAUCCAAACGGCAGCUAGCCACAUUGCAGCCCCUCACUGCGCUUAAAUUGUCGAAACGAUUUAGUAGUUUUAGGGAGCAAGUUAGUAGUGCACCCAAUGCCCUUCUUGAUCCGAAUAUGAACUAUUUUAAGCCUCAAUGGAAGAACUUUAGCUUGUUAGAACUCCAAACCGCGACCAGCAACUUUUGCCAAGGUUAUCUGAUCGGGAAGGGCGGUUAUGCUGAAGUGUAUAGAGGGCGUUUGCGUGGGGGUCAGCUCGUUGCCAUCAAACGCUUGACAAAAGGGGCUAUGGAAGAAAGAAUUGCAGAUUUCCUCACAGAACUUGGGAUAAUGGCGCAUGUGAAUCAUCCCAAUACUGCUAAAUUGAUUGGUUAUGGUGUUGAAGGUGGAGUGUACCUUGUUCUCGAGUUAUCUCCCCUUGGAAGCUUGGCUUCUAUGCUUCACAAUCCGGUGGAAAAGGUGGAGUGGAGUACUCGUUACAAGGUGGCGCUGGGAAUUGCUAAGGGAUUGCUGUACCUUCAUGAGGGCUGUCAAAGGAGGAUCAUUCACCGUGAUAUUAAGGCUGCAAACAUAUUGCUUAGGGAUGACUUUGAACCUCAGAUAUGUGAUUUUGGCCUCGCGAAAUGGCUGCCAGACCGAUGGACUCACCUCACUGUUUCAAAAUGUGAAGGCACUUUUGGUUAUCUAGCUCCCGAGUUUCUAAUGCAUGGAAUCGUCGAUGAGAAAACUGACGUAUUCGCCUUUGGCGUACUGCUGUUGGAACUCAUCACCGGGCGUCGAGCCCUUGAUUAUUCACAACAAAGCCUUGUUAUUUGGGCUAAGCCUCUGCUGAAGAAGAACAAAAUCCAGGAGCUCAUCGAUCCAUCGCUUGCAGAAAACUAUAAUGCUGUGCAAAUGAAUCUCGUGAUCCUAGCAGCUUCACUGUGCGUCCAGCAAUCCUCAAUCAAACGUCCACGGAUGAGCCAGAUUCUGUUGCUUCUGAGAGGGAGCUGCGGCAGCCUAGACCUGAUCAGGAAAUGCAAGAAGCUGUCAAGCUGGAAGAAGUAUUACAAGGAGCUCUUCAGCACGGAGAAGUACGGAGGACUGGACGGGCGACCGCGGUGGUCUGGUGAAGCUUAAACCGGUAAACAAUGGAGUAAUAUUGUUUGAAUUGGUGCAUUAGGUUAGGCACGUUGUGGGACAUCCGAAUAUACCAAGUAUAUGUGAUUAAAGAGUUAUAGGAUGAAAGUAGCAAUUAAUGUUACAGAGAGAGAAAAUAAAGUUACAUGGCUGUAAAUUGUAAAUUGUACAUAUGAUUUUGUUUUAUAGUAUACUAUAUUUAUAAGUUGGAUAGUAUAUUCGAUUCGA